GCGCUCAACACUCAACACCCGGAUGUGUGCGGCACUUCGACUGCAUAGUAGAAUCGCUGGAUCCAGAUAAUAGACUAUUUGAUGGGAAUCAGAUCGCGGAUUACGACAAAAAAAAUGAAAUCAACUGAAUCAGUGCCGUUUUGGAAUCACUGACAGAAUGGAGGACGAUCUGGUUUCAGAGGAUGAUAUCUUGCUCCGGUCGGAGAAGGAAUUCCACGAUGCAGCAAAGAGGAACGACACGGACAAAAUGAAAGAGCUGAUGAAGAAAGGAGUGGACAUCAAGGCCAAAAACAAAAAAGGCCGUACAGCGCUGCACUGGGCGGCAGGGGCUGGGAACGAGCAGGCUCUACGUCUGUUACUAGACCAUAAUAAUGAGGUGGAUGUGGAGGACAGUUUUGGUAUGAAUCCUCUGCUGCUGGCAGCCUGGUUCGGUCGCCUCAAGAUCCUACAGAUCCUCGUGGCCUCUGGCGCAAAGCUCAACUGUGAAAACAAAAAUGGGCUGGGCCUGCUGCACUGUGCCGCCCAGCGGGGUCAUAGCAGAGUACUGGAGUUCAUCAUGGAGGACCUAGUAGAGGAUGUACUGCUGGACAGGAUGGACAAUUCUGGGAAGACGGCGUUUCACCUGGCUGCAGAACAUGGACAACUAGAGGUGGUUGAGUUCCUCAUCGGUAUGGGCUGCACUCACGGCCUCAAGGAUAAGGAUGAAAACAUGGCCAUCCAUCUAGCAGCCAAGCAUGGACAUAACGAGGUCCUGCAGAAGUUAGUUGAGACAGGAGUGGACAUUGACGAGAGAAACAUAGACGGACUGACACCUCUGCACCUGUCCUCUGAUGGAGGUCACUAUGAAUGUGUCAAACUACUGCUGGAGGCCUGCUGUAAUGUCAACGCGCUGACAAACAAGAAUAUGAAUGCCCUCCACUACGUGGCCCAGCACGGCUUUGAGAGGGAGACCAGUCUGCUACUGGAGGCGGGCAUCAACACAGACACGGUGGAUGGCCAACACACAUCCCCUCUUCACAUCGCCGUGCUCCACAAUCACACCGAGGUGGUACGGCUGCUAAUAGACGCUGAAUGUGAUCUGGACAUAUCUGACAAUAGGCUCCAGACAGCCCUGCACAUUGCAGCAGAGCAUGGAAGACAGGACAUCGCUGAGAUGAUCCUCAUAGCUGGGGUUAACCUCAAACUACUGGAUAAGCAGGGGAAGACUUCUCUGGAGGUGGCAGCCAGAGGAAACCAUGUCAUCUUAGUGGACAUGAUCAUCAAAGCAGACCGGUUUUACAAGUGGGAAAAGGACAACGUGAUCAGCGAUGAUGAUGAUUCGUGGCUGGGAAAGCAGCUGAGCUUUAAGCAGGACCACCAGGUGGAGACCCAGCACCUGCGCUCUGUCACGUGGAGGCUGGCCACCAAAGACCUGUCCCGCGGGGAGUGGAAGAGCCUCGCACAACACUGGGGCUUCACGGAUGCCCACAUACGCUCCAUAGAGCAGCAGUGGACAGGUACAAAGAGCUUCAAGGAGCAUGGGCACCGUAUGUUGCUGAUCUGGCUGCAUGGAGUAGUCAUCGCAGGGGAGAACCCAAUCAAAGGCCUGUAUGAGGGACUGACGGGGAUCUCCAGGACCGACCUAGCUGAAAGCAUCAGACAGAAGGCAAAUGCAGACACAAGCUCUCCCAAGAAAUGCACCGCCAUGUGAACAAGUCCAUCCUGAAACACACUGAUAUACUGCAGGAAUAAAUGCCCAUCCCAGGGUUCAAAACUAAAAAUAGUGUCUGAAUAAAGUUAACACACUGAACAAAAUAUAAAUGCAACAUGUAAAGUGUUGGUCCCAAGUUUAAUGACCUGAAAUAAAUGAUCUCAGAAAUGGUCCAUACGCACAAAAAGCUUAUUUCUCUCAAAUGUUGUGCAGAAAUUAGUUUACAUCCCUGUUAGUGAGCAUUUCUCCUUUGCCAAGAUAAUCCAUCUGCCUGACAGGUGUGGCAUAUCAAGAAGCUGAUUAAACAGCAUGAUCAUUACACAGGUGUACCUUGUGCUGGGAACGAUAGAAGGCAACUCCAAAAUGUACAGAUUUGUCACACAACACAAUGCAACAGAUGUCUCAUGUUUUGAGGGAGCAUGAAAUUGGAAUGCUGACUGCAUGAAUGUCCAUCAGAGCUGCUGCCAGAGAAUUUAACGUCCAUAAGUCUCAAGUCAUUUGAGAGAAUUUGGCAGUACGUCCACCCGGCCUCACAACCACAGACCACAUGUAUGGCGUUAUGUGAGCGAGCGGUUUGCUGAUGUCAACGUUGUGGACAGA